CAUUUCUGGUUUCUUCAUCUUUCUCUCUAUCAUUAUAACUGUUUAUUGAUUUGUUUACUAAAGAUGAAGAUGAUGAUCAUCACCAUGUAGAAAAAGGGAUGAAGAUGAGUGAAAGUAUGAACAGUCUCCAUGAGAAUCCAAUGCCAAGUAAUUUCCAAUAUUUCGUUGUCAUUCAAAUUAUCUUAUUGUAACAAUUUAAAUUCUGACCCAAUUGAUUAUCAUCACUGAUCAACAUUCUAAAUCAAAUCUAAUCCAUAGAUCAACUAAAAAUGACCGAUACCGAUUCCAGGCCGAUCUUAAGUUCAUCGCAAUCAUUACCAACUCCGCCAUCGAGUGGAAGCAAAGAUGUUAAUAAUAACAACAAUAGUAAUGGUCAAGCGGUCCAGCAACAAUCAGUGUCACCAUUACCACCUUCCGAUAAUCCAAUUGAACUGAAUUUCCGUUCAUUUGCUAAAUUUGGCGAUUCCAAAUCAACCGGAGAUUCAAUUACAUUAUCUAAUAGCGAUAAAUGGUUCAAACAGGCAAAAGUUAUCGAUGGUAAAAAGAUAACCACAGUUGAUACUGGAAUAUAUUUCAAGAAAAUUGCUAAGACCAAAAAGGCUUUGACUCUUAAAGAGUAUGAACAAUUUUUGGAGGAAAUUGCCAAGAAUAAAAAGAUUGACGUUGGUGAAAUUAAGCAGAAAUUAACUUUAAGUGGGCCACCAGCAACCACCAAGACUACUACUGCUGCCAAUUCCGCUGCCGUGGCUCGAUUAACUGACCAUACCAAAUACACCGGAACUCAUAAACAACGAUUCGAUGAAACCGGAAAGGGCCGAGGAAAAGUCGGACGAGAGGAUCCACCGAAAGACACUGGAUAUGUUCAAGGAUUUUCCACCGAUUCAACAGUUGAACAAAGUGCUAAUUAAAUUGCUGGGACAAUUAAGUUAACCCAUCAUUCAUCAUCAUUUAAUUAUUAAUAUAAUCCAUUGAUAAAUCAUCAACACGAAUGAUUAACAAUCAAAACGCUGAUCAUAAUCAUUUCAAUUCCUGAUUACAACUAAUGAGCAACUAAACAUUUUAAUUUACGUUUAAUUUUAAAUUGUUACUUAAACAAAAUUCAAUAAACAACAUUAAUUAUCA